AUGAGAGGCUGCCUGCUCCUGCCCCUUCUCCUGCUGGGGACAGUUUCUGCUCUCUAUCUGGAGAAGGAUGCCCCCCAUCUGGGUGGUCCGGAGACAAAGGCAGACCUGAGCCAGGAUCUGGAAGGCUCAGGGGGGCAGGAAGGAGUGCUGGCCCUGAGUGGUGAGGUGCUUGAGUCGGAGGCACAGGAGGCCGAGGGCGCCCAUGAUGAGGAGUUGGACUCAGAGUUAGACCCAGAUGAUUUAGACAAGGACGUGCAGUGCCCCAAGGAAGAGGAAACAGUGCGUCUUCAGGGCAGUUCUGAGUGCGAGAGCUGCCGCUACACGAUGGUGGUGACCCCCAGGACGUUUAACGGAGCUCAGACAGUCUGCAGGACGUGCUACCGAGGUAACCUCGCCUCCAUCCACAGCUUCAGUGUCAACACUCUCCUCCAUCGCUUGGCCAUAACGACCAACCAAGCACAGGUUUGGAUCGGAGGCUUCAUCAGAGGUUGGUGUCUGUGGAAGAACUAUUGCUGGAUUGAUGGGAGUUCUUGGAAUUUUACAAACUGGGCUUGUUGGCAACCUGCGUUUGGGUAUGGCCAAUGCAUAGCCCUGUGCACCAGAGGGGGUCGCUGGCGACGAGCUCAGUGCAAUAGGCAGAUGCCGUUCAUCUGCUCCCACUAA